AGAUUCAAUGAAGAAAACCACCGCCUGGUGAAACAUGGAGGAUUCGCUGAAAAUAAGGAUGUGGCCAUGCCUAGCGAUGACUCUGCUGAUAUUCGGCUACCUUCACAGCGCCAGUACCGGCCCGGCCUGCAGGAUUUCCGAGUUCCCCUGCAGGAACGGCAGGUGCAUUAGCCUCAACAAGUACUGCGAUGGUGUUACCGAUUGCGAGGAUACGUCGGAUGAGCCUAAGUUCUGCACAGUUUGCAAUCGUACCUACUACGGUGAUGUUGGUAAAACCUAUGAUUUGGCUGUCAAUAAAUCCAGAGAUGAUCGAUUGCCUUUCUUGUGCCAUCUCACGUUCACUGCUAAUGGACAAACUCAUGGUGACAUAGUACAGCUGAUCUUCGACGAGUUCAAACUAGGCCGAUACGAAGCCUCAGCCUUAGAUGGAUGCCCAGACGGUUACAUGCAACUAAGUGAACUAGGCCGACCUUUCACCGGAGGAUCUUGGUGUGGCACCUCUUCAGGCCCAGCAGCCUACUACAGCGAAACAUCCACCGUAACUGUCUCCGUAAAACUCUUCGGAUCACCCCAGCUACCAUUCAAAUUCAGCCUUAGGUACAGAUUUGUCAGCAGAAGAGAAGCUGUAGUUAGGUUUGGUUCACCAUCAUCACCCUUGGAGAGAGGCCAAGUGGCUCCAGGUACCUACUGCACCAGAAAGUUCGAAGAGUGCUACAGAAGACCAUGCAGACUACAAUCGCCAAACUACCCCGGGAUGUACCCAAGGAACGUUUCUUGCUACUGGAGCUUACGCCAGAAGUUUGUGCCAAAGUGCAAGCAUGCUAUGAUAGCUGUUAGACAAGAAGCGGCACACAAGAUGCACAUGAAGAGAUCCAUAAACGUCGCUGGGUUGAACAAAACUGCCAGAGCGUUAAGAGCGUGGAGGGACUGCACUGGAGAAAGAGAUCACCUAAUAUUCUACGAUGGAGGUUCCACCAACGACCCAGUGCUCGCAAAAUACUGCGGAGGUGAUUGGUUACCAAGAGUAGUCUCUAGAGGACCCGAAAUGCUGGUAGCUUUCCACUCAUCACCAUUCAGCAUACCUCUUCAUUCGCCUCAAGCCCAUUCCCCUCUACGAGGGUUUGAGCUUGACGUUGACGUCAUAUUCGCCGAUUCAGAUUCGUUGGAUUACUCUAGAGCUGCUGUUAAAUGCGAAUUCGACGUGAACUCUACAAAUCCAGACAGCGAUGAAAUUUGGACUGGUAGGGGAAGAAAAGGAAGACUUAUAAGUCCGAAACAUUCACUGCCACCUAACACCACUUGCACGUAUAAAUUCAUGGGUUACCCUGGAGAUCUAGUCUGGGUAAGCUUCGUGUCUUAUAGCCAGCGAGCUCUUCUGGUGGGGGAGAGCGCGCAUGCUCUACUAGGCAACAGCUCUUUGAGUGGGGAGUGUUCUGCAAGGUUGAGGAUAUGGGAUGGUAACCUUCUUCUUGAAGACAAAUGUGAUGAGCCUCCUAAACUAUGCGAUCAUAGUGCUCUCAGCAACUCAUCGAGGGUAACUAGACCUUGUACUUUAGAGGAAAGCUACCUGUCGACUGGUAGGAGUUUGGUGAUACAGCACUAUACAGAGGAUGGUACAGCGUUGCACCCGGCUUCAUUCAAAUUGAAGUAUGAGUUUGUGGACACUAGGCUUGGUGGGGAACCUUGGCCAGAGCAAGAUGAGUCCAAGAGGUGUUAUCGAGUUUUUCGCAACCCACACCAAGGGGAAAUUACGUCCCCUAGAAAUAUAUUUUUGUAUGGACGUGGAGGUUCCAGAGAAAUUGAAUGCGUUUAUCGGUUUGAGGCUGACUUUGGAGAACGAGUUAGAGUCAUACUGAACAACGCUUCUUUCGGCUUGAAUCCCACCUGCGAAACCAACAUAGAUCCCCAUUCCAAUCGUUUAAUCUGUGAUCACUACAACAAAAACCGCAUAGUUGAACUCAGCGUUUGGGACUUGCCCUGGACGGAUAUCGAGCUUUCGAAAGCUUGCAUUUGUGAUAACACUUCUCUAACAAGUAAACCUUUAGUUUUUGUAUCCUCAUCUAGACAUUUAGAGCUGCAUUUCACUGCCAAACAAAUGAACAUGACGGAGGAUUUCACAAUUCUUCAUUUUCACGCGACAUUCGAGAUAAUCAAAAUGCCAAGUUGUCCUAGACAGCAAAGGGUUAGAGGUUAUGGAGGUGAUGUGCAGUUUAACACACCUCCUGCUGACCGUGGAGAGCUGCUAUGCUCACCUUUGCCUUGGUUGGUGGAGGCAAGGUUCAACAGAAGUCUGUUCUUGUUGAGUUGGGGGGCUUUUCUGUCUUUGAAACCACGACCGGAGGAACCAACCAGGUGUCCUACCACCAACAGGGUGAUGAUCUAUUCUGGUAAGCCGCCCAAGUUGGUUAGGGUGGUCUGUCCAGCUGAACCAGGCCAAAGGCCUUUGGCUGUGCAUGUGUUCAGUGAGGAAUGGUGGGGUGAAGACAUACACAUACAGCAACGUCCACCCAACUUCCUGGUGGAGUGGAUAGGGUCAGAGCCUGGUAUUUCAGCGUUCAGCUGGUUGGAGAUAUCAAGGUCGAGGUCAUCCCUGCUCCAACAGCUUCAAGUUCCAGUGAACGUAAGUGUCAACGAUACGGAGUUGGAGUGUAGCCACAAGUGUCCUGAAUUGGACGCUUGUAUAAAUCCCUCCUUGUGGUGCGAUGGUAAAGACCACUGUCCAUCCGGCUGGGAUGAAUCAGAGUCUCAGUGUGGGGCAACGUCGAAACUAUUAACAUCGCUACCAGCAGCGGCUCUGGCUGCAGCGGCUGCUGUCAUCAGUACCCUUCUCUUCAUCAUUUGCAUCACGCUCCAUAGGUUAAGAGUGAAACGACGAAGGCGUUUAGCUAAGAAAAAGUUACUCACAGGUCCACGACUAUUCGAUAACAGUUUGAAUUCUUGACAUAAGGGGGUACCAGUGGAAUAUAUACAUGUGGACAGAGAGACUACCGUAUGAGAUCGGGUUCAGCCGGUUUUUUCCGUCCCAGUGCUCACUUUUUUUUAACCUGGUGCCUUCUAGUGAUUUUUGAAACAAUUUCAAAUGAAGUGUCAAAGUUUGUUUCGGGUCUUACUUCGGAGUUGGUCGUUCCGUUUAUCAGAGACGAAAUUGUGAUUUUCUAGGUAUGAUGUGAGAAUUCUAUCUAGUUCUUGUAAUGAAUUGUAAGUAGAUAUUAUUGCAUUAGUGUUUGUUGGGGUUGAUUCAGAACACCUUCAGUAUUAAUCUGUGAGUUAUCUAUUUUACGUGUAAUCUAUUUUCGUUCAUAUUGUUCACUUUGAGUUAACUCUCACUCAACAGAUGGCAUCUCAUGCAACGCACUACCCUGAUACAGUCCCUAUCAGCUAAAUAAAUAUGUAGACAAUUUUAUUCCUUGUGUUGAAAGCAGACUUUUGGCAUACUUCUUGUUGCACGUUCUCGAAGAAUGUUUAAUUCUGAAGCACUUGCUGAUUUUUCAGCUAAGUAUAUGCAAAUAUUUUCUUCAUUGAACACAGGGAAAUAUCUACACAUGUGUUACCUUAAGCUCAUCAUUACCAUUUAGCGUGAGGUGAUAUAUGUUGAGUAAAAGUCACUAUAAACUUAUGUUGAGUUCACAUCUAAUCCAAACAAUUUUUCUGAAUAUAACUAGGGAACCCUGAAGAUGUUGUCCUACCAGAAAUUCUGUUUUCGUUUCAUUUUAGAAAAUGUGAAGAGGAUAUAUUCAUCACAAAUUUCUUUGAAAUUCAUCCAUUCAAUGAACUGCCAUAAUUAUUAGCAUUCGCAAUUUUGAACAAAAGAA